AUGGUAGCACCACCGGCCAUGGGUGGCGACAACAAGCGGUCCGGCUGGUGGUGCAUGGAUUGGCAGGAGGAGGAAGAAGAUGAAGAAAAUGUCCUCGCCGCCGGUGCUCGUCGGCCCGUCGGAGCCCACGCCCACCAGCCGGGCCACUUGUUCCUAGGAGCCGUGGGCGAGCUCGCGCGCGGGCUGUCCACGCCGUCCGUCGUUCCAGUGAGGCACGACCCGUCGCUCCCGGAGAUACCGCAGCUGCUCGCCGCCCUCGGGCCGUCCCUGGACUUGAAGCCUGUCGAGUUCGCCUACACCGACGUGACCAUCCCUUGGAGCUUCGUCAACCGCAUCAAGGCCGAGUUCCGGGGCGUCGAACAGUGGUGCUCGACGUUCGAGGUUGUCGCCGCCGCGAUAUGGCAGUGCCGGACCCGCGCGAUCGACGCCGACCCAGGCUCCCCCGCGCCGCUGAUUUUCACGGCCAACAUGCGGACACUACCCAGUUUUCUACUAGUGUUUCCGCACGCGGGCGCCCAGGACGGCUUCUACGGCAACUGCGUGGCGUUGCAGAUGGUGGUGACAACGUGUGGCGCGGUGGCGAACGGCGACACCGCUGAGGUGGUGAAGCUGAUCAAGCACGGCAAGGGGCGGAUACGGAACAUCCUCGGGAACUACGAGCCCGUGGUGUUCAGCGAGGAGCUCGUUGGCGCGCUCAACGGGUACACGCCGCUGUUCAUGACGAGCUGGGCGGCAUAG